AUGUGGACUCUUCUAGUAGUUGUUACAUGUUGUGUCAGCACUGUGCUGCCGGCCAAACAUUUGCCCAAAUGGAAGAAGCAGACGGUACGUAUUCGACAGGCGUGUGAGCUGCCGGCAGUGCAGAGUGAGCACAGCCACUACAUCUGCGAUGACAAAGGGGAGCCAAAGUGCCUGCCUGGCUGGCAGGGAGACCUCUGCGAUGUGCCUAUUUGCAAGAAAGGAUGUGAUCCUUUGCAAGGAUACUGCAAGCGCCCAGGCGAGUGUCGCUGCAAGCUAGGUUUCUACGGCGACCGCUGCAACAAGUGCAUCCCCCUGCCUGGCUGUCAGCACGGCUACUGCAAUGAGUCCUUCGAGUGCAUCUGCAAGGAGGGAUGGGACGGACUGUUCUGCUCUGAACCGAUUUGUCGGUCUGACUGUCACGCGACUCGAGGUUUCUGCGAUUCACCUGGGGAGUGCCGAUGCAAGCUGGGCUGGGCGGGGCCAACGUGUCGCUCGUGCCAGCAGCUGCCGGGGUGCCAACAUGGCUACUGCGACAAGCCACUAGAGUGCAAGUGUCUGCCGGGAUACACUGGCCUGCUGUGUCAGACUCCUAUCUGCGCCUCUGGGUGUCACGCUGAGCGUGGUUACUGCCGCCGUCCUGGCGAGUGUCGCUGCAAGGUGGGCUGGACCGGCGCCUUCUGCGGCGAGUGCCACCCGUACCCUGGCUGCGUGCACGGCACCUGCAACAAACCCUGGGAGUGUCUGUGCGAACCUGGCUGGGGAGGCAUGCUUUGUGAUGAAGAACUGAACUACUGCGAGAAGAACCCAGACACGUGCCAGAAUGGUGGUAAAUGUAUAUCUCUGGAGUCUGGCGACGGAUUCUUCAAGUGUUACUGUCAGCCUGGCAUCACGGGCAAGCGUUGUGAGAUCGUGCCCGAAAUCGCUACACCGGCCAACGCUACAGUGACCGAAGAAACGAGUUCGGAAAAUCUGACCGUGGUCGGAGUUGAGACUUCCUCAGAAGUGGGGAGUACAGAACCCAACAGUGGGGAUAAUGAGACUGAGUGA